CCGAACAUACAAAGCUCAGAGGGUCAAAACCCCAACAAAAACCCUAUUCCCCAUUUUCUUGACCCAACAAUGGCAGCAUUCAUGGGCGGUAGUGGGCGAUUCCGCGAGUUCCUAAAGAAGUACGGGAAGGUGGCACUCGGGGUCCACUUCUCGGUCUCCGCCGCCUCCAUAUCCGGCCUCUACGUCGCCAUCAAGAGCAACGUCGACGUGGAGUCCAUCCUCCAAAAACUCCACAUGGGUGGCGUCACCGGCGAGGAAAACGCUCCACAACCUGAGACUUCUUCAUCCUCUGAUGGGUUUGUGAAGGAGGAGGAGAAGACCCAUUCGACGGUGCUGAUCGAGGAGAAGGAGAAGAAGCGGAAUCGGACGGCCGAGCUCGCGGCCUCGAGUGGUGGGGCUCUGGCGCUGGCUGUGCUGUGCAACAAGGCUCUGUUUCCGCUUCGGGUUCCGAUUACCAUCGCGGUUACACCUCCGGUGGCGAGGUUCUUGGCUCGGAGGAAGAUUAUAAAGACCAAUGUAUGAUUUUUCUUUUUAAAUUUUUGUUGCUCUUUUCUGGGUCUUCAAGAAUUUUCGUUUUUGUUAAUUGUCUGUGUUCAUUGGGAAAAAAUAGAAAUUGAUAAUGGCCUUUAUGGAUU